AUGCAUGCCUGUGCUACCAAGAGAAAUGUCAGACCAUCGCCAACAGACGAGAGGCGCCCAUACUGUAUUUGGCUCUUCCGGAUUGAAGUGCGAGUCGUCCAAGGUCUCGACUCUCUCCUCGAAUCGACGGAUGAAGUUCCGUCGCCCUCGCCUACCGCGUCUAAUCCCAAUCCCCCCUGCUCGCCAGGUAAGCUGAUGGAGUCUCUCUCCGUCGUCUCUCUCCGUCGUCUCCAGAACCAGUCAACUGACGGAUUGCCUGCCAUGUCACUGGCCCAUUACGCUACCGUAUCGAAAGACCCCUCCCGCCGCCCGCGACGGCAGCCUCAUGAAGCCCCGUCGGCCAUUCCCUCGGGCCUCUGCUGA